CAAACCUUAUCCAAUAACGUUAUUAUAAAAUUCACUAUCAACCUAGCUAGAAUUCGUCCAAGCACAUGACCAUGGAAGAGGCCUUAGUCCUGUACACAUCUCUUUUUCUUAUCAUCAUUCUAAUAGCUUUGAAGCUCUUUCUCGAAACCAAAAAACGACACAAAGACCUCCCACCAAGCCCACCUUCUCUUCCCAUAAUCGGCCACCUCCAUCUCUUAAAGAUCCCACUCCAUAGAUCUCUCUGUGGUCUCUCCCAAAAGUAUGGCCCCGUUGUCUCCCUUUGGUUCGGGUCUCGUCGUGUUGUUGUCGUGUCCUCGCCCCCGGUGGUCGUGGAAUGUUUCACCAAAAACGACGUCGUUUUGGCCAACCGCCCUCGGCUCAUCAUGAGCAAGCACUUCGGCUACAAUAACACCACCGUCACGACCUCCCCCUACGGCGACCACUGGCGCAACCUCCGCCGCAUCGGCGCCAUCGAGAUCUUCUCCUCCAGCCGGCUCAAGAUGUUCUUGGGCAUCAGGAGGGACGAGAUCAAGCGAUUGCUUAUCAGAAUUUUCCCUCACUCCCAACGAGGCACUGAUGAUUUUGCCAAGGUUGAGCUUAAGUCGAUGUUUGUGAACCUGACUUUCAACAUGAUAAUGAGGAUGGUGGCGGGGAAGCGGUACUACGGCGAAGGCGUGACGGAUGAGGCCGAGGCGCUGCAGUUCAGGAAGAUCAUGAAGGAGGCCAUCGACUCCGGCGGGUUGGCGAAUCCCGGGGAUUUCUUCCCCAUUUUGAAUUGGUUUGGGAACGGAGGUUAUGAAAAGAAAGUGAGAAGGCUGGCUAAGCAGACUGACGCCUUCUUGCAAGGUCUGAUCGAGGAGCACCGGAGUCGGAAAGAAAGUAGAAACACCAUGAUCGAUCAUUUACUUUCUCUGCAGGAGUCGCAGCCUGAGUACUAUACUGACCAGAUUAUAAAAGGGUUUAUACUGGUAUUGUUGUUUGCUGGGACACACACAUCCGCGGUGACAUUAGAAUGGGCGAUGUCCAAUUUACUCAAUCAUCCGCACAUCCUCAAAAAAGCCAAAGCUGAAAUAGAUGCUGAAGUUGGUCCUGAAAACUUGGUGGACGAACAAGACCUUUCAAAACUACAAUAUCUUCAAAACAUAAUCUCCGAGACCCUUCGGUUGUACCCGGCGGCUCCGCUACUUGUGCCACACUACUCAUCCCACGACUGCACCAUUGGCGGAUACGACGUGCCACGUGACACGAUCUUAUUGGUCAAUGCAUGGGCCAUACAAAGGGAUCCUAAGCUUUGGGAUGAUGCUACGAGUUUUAAGCCGGAGAGGUUUGAGAUUAGUGAAGGUGACACCAACAAGAUGAUGCCAUUUGGGCUGGGAAGAAGGGCUUGUCCCGGGGCCGGCCUGGCCCAACGGGUUGUGGGCCAGACUUUGGGAUCGUUGAUCCAGUGUUUUGAGUGGAAAAGAGUUAACGAAGAAGAAGUUGACAUGACCGAAGGUCGAGGGUUCACCAUGCCUAAAGCGAUGCCAUUGGAGGCCAUGUGCAAGGCGCGCCCCAUCAUGAGUACAGUUCUCUCAGAAGCUAGCCGUGAUACUUAGUAGAUCCUUAGUAUAUACUUAGUAGAUUAGUAGAUAUGUUACGUCUAAAAAAAGGUUUGCUUAACAUAAUAGUAAUGUCAUAUGUUUGUAAUAUUUUAGAUACGAGAGGAGUACUUAAAUUAGUUUGUAUUACUUUCAUUUGGUUAAUUUAUAGGCUGUUUUAGAACCUUUUUUACUAUGGAUUUCCCUGAUAUUAUUUCUA